AUGGCCGUGUCGCUGCGGCAGUCUAAUGGCAACGGGUUGCCACCCGCGGGCGACGACGACGAGGCGUGCCCGGUGUGCAAGACGACGCGCUACUUCAACAAGGACAUGGAAUUCCGCAUCAACACCGAGUGCUACCACCGCAUGUGCAAGACGUGCGUGGAGCGCAUCUUCAAAGACGGCCCCAACCAGUGCCCCUACGCGGGGUGCCACAAGACGCUGCGGCUGCGCGGCUUCAAGGCGGCGUACUUUGGGGACCUGGCCGUCGAGCGCGAGGUCGACAUCCGGCGGCGCGUUGCCACCGUCUUCAACAAUGUCGAGGACGACUUUGAAUCGCUCGACAGCUACAACGACUACCUGUACAUGGUUGAGUGCCUGACGGACGAUCUCGUCAACGGGCCCGAGGCGGCGCGCGUGCGGGCCGAGGCGCGCCUCGCCGACUGGGAAGCCCAGCACAAGGCUGAGAUUGAACGCAACCGCAGGCUCGCCAAGGAGUCGGACGAGGCCCGACAGAAGCGGCUGGCGGCGGAGCAGGAGACGGCGCGGCAGCGGCGGCUGCAGGAUCUGCGGGAAGAGGCCGACGAAAAGGCCACGGCGGCGCGGUUCCGCGAGGAGAUGCUUGACUCGCUGCAGAGCGCCGAUGUCGGCCACGCGACCGAGGUCGUGAACAAGGUCAUCCUCAAGAAGCGCGGCGGCCAGAACCACCUGGGUCGCGGCGCGGCGGCGGCGGCGGCGGCGCUGGAUCCGGCCUCGGCGCUGUCCAUCCGCGGUCUGCGCGAUAAAAAGGCAGCGGCGGCCGACGCGGCGGCCGCGAGCAACAAACCCUACGAUCCGUAUGGCGGGCUGGACCUCGCACCGCAGCGUGUCGACCUCGCGCCGCAGCGGCUGGCCGAGUAUAGCAGCGAGUGGCUCGACGUGACCCGGACCAAGCACGACUACACGGUCGGCGGCUACAGCCCGGACGAGUACCUGACGAGGGCACUGUUCGAGACCUUUUCGGGUCUCGGCGUCUUUGUGGAUGAGGAAAAGGACAGGCUGAGCAAAAAGGCCGUGGCUGGUGGUGGUGGUGGUGGUGCUGUGGAUAUGGAUGACUCGUCGUGA